GAUGCGCGCGAAUGAACCGUCUGAUUUCUUAAAGGCGCAGUGACACCUGCAUCCUCCUCGCGCGCCGCGUUUGUGCGUCACAUCGAGGUUCCCCUCCUCACAUCCCAUGAACCGACACCGAAUCAACCAGCAGAGCAGAAACCGGGGAAAUACUCGACGUUUGACGGCGUUCGGCGGAUGCACGCGAGCGGACGGUGACCGUUUGUGUGUGAGGUGUGUGUUGCAGGUUUUUCCUCGUCGCGUUCGGGUGGAGUCGAGCCACAUACUGAAGUCUGACCACUGACACACUCCAGGUGGGUGUUAACACGCGUUCCUGUGCCUCCCCAGGACUCAAUCAUGAAGGACGGCAUGGCCAAUAACAGCACCGCCAGCAUCUCUCAGGCCCGGAAAGCCGUGGAGCAGCUGAAGAUGGAGGCCUGCAUGGACAGGAUAAAGGUGUCGAAGGCGGCGGCGGAUCUGAUGGCGUACUGCGACGCACACAUACGAGAGGACCCGCUCAUCGUCCCCGUCCCGGCCUCCGAAAACCCCUUCAGGGAGAAGAAGUUCUUCUGCACCAUCCUCUGAGGAGCCGGCCCCGCCGUGAGCUUUACACGUCGAGCUGAGUCUGAGCUCGAGCUCCUGAUGCUCCAUCACUCCUGGAGACCCGUGGGGGGUUCGGGAGGGGAGUCAAUUAACUGGCAACCCAGUCAGAGCGUCUCAUGUCUCGUUAACUAGGUUUGUUAUUGCUUCGUAAUUAGAGAACAGCCUUUCUCACUGCUUAUGGGAUGAGAGAGAUUGUGUGUGUGUGUGUGUGUGUUUCAUUUCGCCUCGUUUCAGGAUGUGAAGGCCUGACGUGGGGCGUUUUAUAAUGUUAUUUAGACUUUUUUUAUUAAACAAAGCUGUGUUUGAUAUGCACUGCGCGGUCAAACGUUUGGACACACUCAACAACAAAAAAAAAAAGCUUGUGCAUUAAAUAUUGAA